AUGUUCGCCAAAGCCAACAAGACGUAUGAGGCGAAACAGCCUGCGCCCUCACAACAAACUGCUAGACGUGAGCUCGCCGAGCAGCUCUUUCCGCCGAGCAGCAGCCCGAACCAGCCGCCUGUGGACAUUCGCGAGCAGUUCAAGCGGCGUGCCCCCCCGCGCUUCCUCCCCUCGUCCCCUUCGACGGCGCGGCCAAGCCGGCCACAGCUAAGCGAGAAGCUGACCCGAGACGGCGGUGCUACAAAUGGCAGCGGAGCAGGCAGGGGGUCUUUGGCUGGACUCUAUCACAACAACCAUGCCUCUUUCAAAGACAACGUGAUUGACCUGACAAAAGACGACGUCCAAGCAGCGCGGCCGCCACCUGUUGUGUUUACCCUAGAUGAAUUCAGUGACGACGACGAACUCGACCUGGAUUUCAAAGUACCCUCGGCUGUCUCACCGUCAAAAGUUACGUCCAUUUCCAAGGUUACGGUCGCGAAAGAAAACCAGCCCCCAAUAUCUUCAGGGCAGGCUAUUCCUUGGUCCUCAUCACCGGCAUCACACUUUCUACCACCGCAGCAGCAUCGAACUGAGUCGAAUUUGUCAACAGGGAGUAGCGGCUCUUUGAAGCGAGACUCACCGGAGCACGAUGACGAUUGUUUCGAAAUGCCUGCCCCUGUUCUGAAAGCGAAAAAGAGGACGCUUCCUUCUGACUGGUCACGAAGGACGGCACCAGAAGGACAAUCACUACAAGGCAGACCCGAGACUCCAGACGCAAAGGCAAAAGUCCAAGGGCUAUGGGAUCAAUCCGCUAGCGCUAUAAAAGAGCAAAGGAAGCUGCUCAAAAACCAGAGGAACGCCAAGCAAGAGGAAGCUGACGCUGCAGCGCGAGCGCCUGCGAUGGAGCAUCUGCCGCCUGCUGAAUCUACUACUGCAAUACCGCGUUCGGGUCCCAUUGCGCUGAGUAACGAGCAGCGACAUGUGUUGGAUCUUGUUGUCGAGCAGGGGCAGAGCGUAUUCUUUACGGGACCUGCCGGUACGGGAAAAUCGGUAUUGAUGAGAGCUAUUAUCACUGCGCUCCAAACAAAACAUGGGAGGACUUCUGAGCGCGUGGCGGUGACUGCGUCCACCGGGCUUGCUGCAUGUAACAUUGGAGGCAUCACGCUGCACAGCUUCGCGGGUAUUGGAUUAGGCAAGGAUGUUGCUAGCGCGCUAGUCAAAAAAGUGCGAAGAAAUCCAAAAGCCAAGAACCGAUGGUUGAAGACCAAGGUUCUCAUUAUUGAUGAAAUCUCCAUGGUGGAUGGAGAUUUAUUUGACAAGCUGUCCCAAAUUGGGCGCACAGUUCGCAACAAUGGUCGACCAUGGGGAGGAAUCCAGCUCGUGAUUACGGGGGACUUUUUCCAGCUUCCCCCAGUACCGGAUGACUCAAAGGUCGCCUCCAAGUUUGCAUUUGACGCGGCAACCUGGAAUACGUCCAUAGAUCACACAAUCGGUCUUACCCAAGUCUUCCGACAGCGCGAUCCGGAGUUUGCUCGGAUGCUCAACGAGAUGAGGUUAGGCAAGAUCUCAGACGAGACGGUCGCUGCAUUCAAGGCACUUGAGCGGCCACUCAAGUUUGACGAUGGCGUGGAUCUUGCAGAGCUCUAUCCUCUUCGUGCUCAGGUAGAGGGAUCCAACGAGAAGCGACUACGCGACUUGCCAGGCGAGAUUCACAGAUUUGGAGCGCUCGAUACAGGAGACAAGGAUAUCAAAGAUAGACUACUCGCCAACGUGAUGGCGCCCAAGUCAAUUGACUUGAAGCUCGACGCGCAGGUGAUGCUGAUCAAGAACUUGGAUUCCACGCUGGUGAACGGUUCUCUGGGGCGCGUCAUUGGGUUCUCGGACGAGAAAACGUUCUCGAUGCAGGGUGGCGCCACCACGAGCGAUCCUGAAAUGGACACGUCUUUGAGCAAGGCGCGGAAGAAACUCAGCAGUUUCAGCCGGGAUUCUGACUGCAUGUCCAGUUCAACGACCAAGUAUCCAAUCGUGCAGUUUAUUUCGGCACAUGGUGAACCGCGAGUGAUUUUGUGCCAGCCGGAAGAGUGGAAAGUUGAGCUGCCGAAUGGCGAGGUACAGGCCAAGAGGACGCAACUGCCGUUAAUUCUGGCUUGGGCCUUGUCAAUCCACAAAGCCCAAGGGCAAACACUGGAGCGUGUGACUGUGAACUUGGGCAGAAUAUUUGAAAAGGGCCAGGCGUACGUGGCACUGUCGCGGGCAACUUCGCAGGAAGGGCUUCGGGUGAUUGGGUUCGAUCGGAGUAAGGUUAUGGCGCAUGCCAGGGUGGUAGAGUUUUACAAUAAGCUCUACUCGGCGGAGCAGGCCGGAGCGACUCCAGGUGUCCGAAGAUCGGGUGCGGCGGGGAUUUUGGACUUUGUGGCAGCCAGAAGAGGCACUUAG